UUUUUUUUUUUUUUUUUUUUACUUUUUUUAUUUUUUUUCGAUAUCAUGUUUAUUAAAGGGCUCAAAUUACUAAAACGACCAUGCUUUUAUACCUUAACACAACGACGAUUAUUGAUCACUACCAGUGUUAAUAAGAGAAAUAAUGAUGCACUACUGACAGUACUUGGCAUUGAAACUUCCUGCGACGAUACUUCAGCUGCAGUUGUCCGUUCUGAUCGUACGAUUCUCUCUGAAGUGGUAAAAGGUCAACAAAAUCUUCAUGAACCGAUGGGUGGUGUGGUACCAACACUGGCUAGCAAAGGUCAUUCUGAACAACUACCUCUUGUGAUCUGUCAAGCUUUGGAACAAGCUCAAGUUACUGUGGAAGAUUUGGAUGCGAUUGCUGUCACUCGAGGACCAGGUUUACCUCCAUGUCUACCUGUAGGAUUGAAUGCAGCAAAGACAUUAGCUGCUGUACAUCGGAAACCUUUGAUUGGCGUUCAUCAUAUGGAAGCUCAUGCUCUGACAGCGCGUAUGACAACAACAGAAGAUAAGAACAAUAUACUAUCACCAGCGUUUCCAUUCAUGACACUUCUUAUUUCUGGUGGACAUACAUUACUAUUGACGGUGAAUGACAUUGGCGAUUAUAAUGCAUUGGCAACAACACUGGAUAAUGCUGUUGGCGAAGCGAUUGACAAAACUGCACGUGCGUUGGAUUUAGCAUGGAUCAAGGGAAGACGUGGUGGACCUGGAGCAGCAUUGGAGCGAGCAGCAUUGAAUGGAUCAUCCGACAGAUACGCGCCUUUACUUCCAAUGCCGAUGCUUCAACGCAACAAGACGACAAUGGCAUUUAGUUUCUCGGGCUUGAAGACGGCGGUGAUACGACUCAUCGAAAAAGACAAUGUACUUGCGGAUCCUCAACGUAUUGCAGAUAUGGCGGCAGCUUUCCAAACGGUGUGUAUGCGACAUAUUGAACAAAAACUCUCCUUGGCGAUGGAUCACGAAAUCAACAAGUUGGGUAAACCUAUCACGGCUUUGGUCGUUAGUGGCGGUGUGGCAAGUAAUCAAUUCUUUAGAACUCGAUUGGAAACGCUUGCUCGUUCUUUUGAUCUUCCUCUUGUAUGUCCUCCUCCUCAUCUCUGUACAGACAAUGGUGCUAUGAUUGCUUGGGCUGGCAUCGAACGUUUACAAGCUGGACUUGUGGAUGAUUAUACCAUUACGACAUUACCUAGGUGGCCUAUCGAAUCUUUGAAAUCACAUCCUUCCUCUUUGUAAUUUUUUUUUUUUUUAGUGUAGAUUAGCGAUAGAUUAUCAAUAGAAUAGUGUAUAUUAGAAAUAUAUUGUCAGUGGAUUAGUUAGAAUGGAAUUAUCAAUAAAUACUACAGUACAGACGUUCUGCUUACUCUGUUGGA